AUGCCUGUCACAACUCGUGCUGCAGCAUUACGAUCCCAAACUAAAGAUGAUGCAACACCAACUCCUGAUCAAACAACAACAGCUACAACAUCCAAUAAUAGCACAUCUCGAAAAUGUCUAUCACAACAAAAGAAGAAACGAGGUAAAGCACAUCUUAAUACGACUUGUAAUAUACCCGAAAUAUGUUCUACAACGCAAACACAUUCAUCAGUUUCAAUAACUGCAUCUGCACUUGAAAUUAGUAAUCGUAUUGAGACUGAGGACAAGCAUCCGAAAACAGAAAUUGAUGUAUCACUUGAAAAUGUAUCUGCUAAUGAACUAGUAAUAUUAUCAUCAUCAUCCUGUCGAUCAACAUCAACAACUGUUAAAAAUGAAUCACCAGUAAGAAAAAAGAAAAAUGAUUAUUCUAUAGUGUCUUUGGAAUCAUCGAACGAUGAUGAGAAUGACAUAUAUGCUGGUGAUGCAAAUGAUUUUAUGAACAUACCAGUGAUCAAAGGAGAUAUAACAAUAGGCAAGUCAAAUCGAGGUGGUAAAAUGGUAUUUAUGAAUGGAUGUGGUUACUUGUACAUGAGUAUAACAAAAGAAACAAUUGGUUGGCAUUGCGCCAGAAGAAGCGAGAACUGUAAAGCAGUUAUUUAUACAUUCAAAACAACAGGUGAAUUUAGCCACUGGAAUCGAAUGUGUCAUUCUCAUACAUUUGAUUCGAAUGAAACACGUAAACGUGAAAUUUUGACUAAAAUUAAAAAUCGAGUUCUUGACGAAUUUAUUUCCAUUAAAGUCAUUAUUGAAGAGGAGUACAGAAAAGCGAAGUUAUCAUCAGAAGAAAAACGAAGCAUGCCUCUUCCAUCACAGAUUGAAUCUGGUCUACAUAAAUUACGUCGUAAAGCUUUACCACCAUUACCACGUGAUCAAAAAUUUAUUAUGCCGUCAAUUUAUCAGGAGACGUAUUGUAAGGAACGUUUUCUAAUAUAUGACAAACGAAAAAGUGCUUAUGGAGGUCGUUUAAUAAUGCAUGCAUCUGAAGAACAAUUAAAUGUUCUAUUUAAUUCUGAAACAAUCUUUGCUGACGGAACAUUUAAAGUAUCGCCAAAAUUAUUUGAUCAAUUAUACGUUCUACUUGGAAUACAACAUGGAGAGGCUGUGCCAGUCUGUUUUAUUUUAACAUCAAAUAGACGGCACGAAACCUAUGAAGCCAUUUUUCGAUGUUUCAAAAGAAUAGGAUCUGAAAAAGGUAUUGAACUAAAACCAAAAACGAUAAUUUGCGAUUUCGAGAAAGCAUUUUUACCAGAAACAAAUGUAACAGGCUGUUGGUUUCAUUUUUGUCAAUCUUGUUAUCGAAAUAUACAAGAGUUAGGUUUGAUGAAGAUUUAUGAAACUCAUACAGAAUCACGUCAAGUUUUACGUGCUUUUAUGGCUUUAGCACUUUUGCCUGCAUAUGUUAUACACGAAGCAUAUGAAGUUCUAAAACAGAAGGUAGCAAAUUCAUCUCAAGGAAAUCAAUUAGAAAAAUUUGUGUUGUAUUUUCAAAAGGAAUGGAUUGACCAUUUUAAACCUUCGAUGUGGUGUGUUAACAAGAGUACAUGGCGAACGAAUAACUUCGCCGAAGCACAAAAUAAACGGUUUUUUUCUCGUGUUGUACAGCCGCACCCAAACCUCUGGCGAUUUCUUCAAUGUUUAAAACAGGAAGAAAGUGUGAUGUCGCUUAGGAUGGUUCAGACAGGAUUAGGUUUUUCAACUAUUAAAUCAACGAAGUCAACACGUGCAGCAGCACGUAAAAGUAACCAAAUUGAAAAGCUAACAAACUUAUUGCAUUCGAAGAGAAGAUCUGUGAUUGACACAGUUAUGUCUCUUGCUUAUCUUGUUGGUGAACCUGUUUGUCGAGGCAAAAAAGAGAAAAAAAAGAAAAAUAAUGUUUCAACAUCAGACUCAUCAUCAAUUUUAUCAUCAAACUGCGACUAA